CUGCUUUUCUGUCAAUUAGAGGCUAAAUAUGGAACAGAAAAAACAGGUGGUGGGACUUGACACGAUACAUUUCUUGCGAAAUUUUCCAAGAAUGUAAAAAAAAACUUAAUAAAAAAUUAAAACGAUAGCUGCAUUUUGCUUUGUCUUCCUUUCCCCAUAUGGAAGAAUAAAACUAAAAAACCAUACUGUCAAUGUCACUCGCACACAUUCAGAUAAUUUUAGUUUGAUGUUUUGAAAUAAGAGGGUAAAAAGAAGUUACACAUAUUAAAAUAAUUCAUAUUUAUUUUAUUACGCACUCGUUUCUACUAAGGUUAAUUUCUAAAUAAUAUUAUGGAGUUCUGUCCACAACUAUCAGCCUUUCAAGGAGUUAUGAUAUCUGCCGACAAUGUUCAUAGUUUUUCAAGACUAACUUCUAAAGCCGGAAAUGAAGAUAAAUUCAAGUAUAUAAUAGAAAAUAUUUCUAAAUUUCUUCUUGAAGAGAGAUAUAUUUCUUUGCAUGGACUGGUGGAAGAGUCAAUAUCUAAAACGAGAAAAUUUGCUUUUUAUAUAAUAUUAAACGCGGAUAUGCCAAUAAUAGAGGCAAUGGCUGAUAUGGAAGUUACAUGGACAAUACCAACCAUUCCUAAAUGUCUUAUGUGUGAAAUCUUUUGGGAACUGCAUUUUGAAAAGUUUGUUUAUGAAACCAUAGCAUUUACACAUCCUGAUUUGGGUUUGGAGAUAGCAUCUGCAUUUAUUGACAGUAUCAAAUAUUUUUCACCAAGUGAAUGUCUUAACAAACUGCAAGUUAUCUGUUCUGCUUUAUAUAAACUUGUAUGCAGAUCUUAUUUCUUCAACUUUAGUGACAACGAGUUAGUAGAUAAGUUAACUGUGGUGUUUAAUCAUUUCCAAAAAUGUGUUAGCUUCUAUACUAAUCCACCAAAAGCAGAAAAACUCAAUGCUAUGAGCAAAGAUGAGUGUUACAGGUACAUAGGUAACUGCCUUCAUUCCAUACUCCUUUUAGUUGAUGAGUGCUUUGAGCAGUUCACUGCAAAUCAGACUUUAAAUCCUCUCAAUGAUGAUGUUUACAUGUUAACUUAUUAUAUUGGUAUGCAUCGGAAUGAAUGUACAGAAGUUUUUAAAAGAAAUAUAGAAUUUAAAAUAUGUGAGACCCCUAAUACAAUAAUUGCUGAUUGUUUGAACAAAGUUCACACAGCUCUAUUAGAUAAAUUUCAAGAAGUAGUCAUGGGUGUCAGUGUUGACAUAUUCUGUGCAUGGAGUGAGUUUGAAGAAUGUGGGGAAAGUGUUCAAAGGAAAAUUGGAGAACUGUGCUAUAAAGUGCGUACUAAACUGUUAAGCAUACCUAACGUUUCUGAGCAUCCAGUUGUUAGUAUGACUCUACAAAUCUCAUGUAAACCAGUGGAAUUAGGUGAUAUAGUGGAAUCAGCAAGUAUUGAAACUAUAGUUGAAAACAUAAGUCAAUGUAGUGAAGGUAAAAUUAUAUGGCUAAGAGCCCUGAUUCAAAGAGAUGAAGUGUUUAGCAGUGAAUCUAUUGUUGAUUGUGUUGCUUCAAAUUUAGAUCUACUGAAUGAAAAUGAAUGUUUCCAAAUUUAUAAAAAUCUAAGAAACUAUGUAUUAACAAAUGCAGAGAAUGUUGAAUACUUAAAACCAUUUGCUGUAAAACUAUUUCAGCAUUGCAGCUAUGAUGGAAAACAAGAAAUAUUGGAAGAAUAUUUUAGUAAUCAUUGUUUUGUGGAUAUGUUGGAAACCCCAGAAUUUGUGAAUACCAUGACCGAAACAUUUAACAAACUUAUUGGAUCACCAGAUGCUGACCUAACUGAUAUACUAUGUUUGUUUCUCCAAAACCCGCAAAAACUUUACAGUAAAAUAUUCAAUUUAGCGGCAGAAAAUAUGCAACAAGCAAACAUAAUGUUAAGAGCUAUGAAGUUGUUGGAAAAUUAUUCAAGUCAUUAUUAUACUUAUGAUACUGAACCCUGCAUAAUACGUAUUUCACAGAAUAGCUUUUGCAAUUUAAACACAUUAGCUAAGAAAAAUAAUUUUAUUUACUUUCUCUGUGAACUGAAAAACAUGAACAAUAUCACAGGGACAAAGUUGCUUCUGUUAAUUAUUAUGCCAAACAUUCAUAAAGCCCUGUUGAAUAGUGAUAUUAGUUCCUUAAAUACACAGUGCAUGUUGCUCAAAGCGGCUUACACUCUAGAAGAGCUGUUAGAGUACAGAGCACCAAUGCUGGCAAUGAUAGGCCAAAUACUGAAUACAGUUCGAUGGAAAGUUAAUACAUUUGAAAGUAUUUCCCCAUCUACCCUACAACUAGCUUUAGAAAUACAGUCUUCCCUUUUUAGCACAUAUGAGGCUGAAAUACCAGAAAAUGAAAGUAAUUGGUUAAAAACAAAACUAAGAAACCUACUACCUCUCAACAUGUACUACUACAGAAAAUUAUGGAAUCCACCUGGAAACAACUUUGUUGAAAUUAUCACAGGACUUGAAGUCAUUAGUGGCAUGUCUACUGUGCAACUGGGUACCAGGCUUUCACAGGCUCUUUGUUCGUGUUGUCAGCAAGAAUGGAUCAAUAUGUGGGACAGCCUCGCAGCGCUUACAGAUGCAGAGAAGUUGGAAAUAUUUUAUGACUCUGUAUUCUUAAUCAGCAUGUUGGAGAGAUCCCACCGUACUGAAACAACCUGGGCUUGUAUGUUAUACUGCUACCGGUGUUUUAUUUAUGUUAUAAGGUACAAAUUCUUCAAAGAACCUUUAGACGACGUCCAAGUUUCAAUAGCAAUGGAGAAGAUUGCACUCACGUGUAAUUUUGCAGAAGAUGACAAUACAGAAGACUUGUCUGCAGUUAUAUUACCACUGUUUGCAUAUUUGGCCGAGAAAAGUAAUGACUAUAACUUCCAAGUGUCGGCAUAUUUAAGGACUAAACUGAAAAAUACCGUAUUCCAAGAAGCUUUUACCAAGGUAUUCGUUAAUGGUGCCGACUGAGCAGAAGUGAUAAAGUUUAUUUUAAGUUUAUAGUUUUAAGAUUAAAUGUAAAAUUUUGGGUGUUAAACCUUGUGAUUCUAAUUUGUCUAAAACGACACUAAAAUGCUCGUUACAGUUCAUUGUUACAUCAGUCAUAUGAAAACUGUUUUAAAAACAUUUGAGAUUGAUUUUGUUUCCAAUUUUCCCUGAUACGAAAGUCAAUAAUAAAUUGUUAAUUUUAUAUUU